UACUUACUACGAGCGAACGGAGGAAUUGUCAACAAAUGAGCUCCUAUUUUGUGAACUCAUUCUGCGGUCGGUAUCCCAAUGGCGCGGACUUCCAGUUACAUAAUUAUGGAGACCAUAAUACGGAAAACGAGCAAUACAGAGACUCAACAGCCAUGCACUCGAACAGGUAUGGCUAUGGCUACAACGGGAUGGACCUAACAGUUGGUCGGACCGGUACCGGACACUUUGUGGGCGACGAGCAGACACCAGGCUACUCCCCGAGUCACUCAGCGGCGACAACACCCUCGGUGGAGCCGGUCAGGUACAACCAGUCUGCCAGCAACAACAGGACACCGUCUCUCUCGCCACCACCUGACCCACUACCGUGCUCCUCGGUCGCCACCUCUUCCCCGGUCCACGAAACUCAAUCUCAACACCGAGCCGUGAAAAACUCUAUAAACACCCCGUGUUCAAGCUCUAACGGAGGCUCGCUGCUGCUCAGCCGGGACUGUGUGUCCAAAUCUUCCCCCCUCGAGGAAGAGAAACCUACGGGAAGCGCACCAACAACUCCUCAAAAUGUCACCGACUCAUCACAGCCACAGAUAUACCCGUGGAUGAGAAAACUUCAUAUAAAUCAUGAUUUGUCAGGACCAGAGGGUAAGAGAGCCAGGACUGCAUACACCCGGUACCAGACCCUGGAGCUGGAGAAGGAGUUCCACUUCAACCGGUACCUGACCCGCAGGCGGAGGAUCGAGAUAGCCCAUGCCCUCUGCCUCUCAGAGAGACAGAUCAAAAUCUGGUUUCAGAACCGUAGGAUGAAGUGGAAGAAAGACAACAAGCUGAAGAGCAUGAACAUGGCGUCUGCAGGCGGGGGAGGCUACAGGCCUUGA